AUAUUAAUCGAGAAAAAACCCAAAAACACCGUCUUCUGCACUCCUUGCAAUUUGAAAUUUUGAAUUAGGGCUCUCCCGAGUUCCAGUUUCUUCCGCCCAAAGCCUCUUUCUCUCUCUCUCUCUCUCCCCUCAAAGGGCUUGUCUCUGCGUCAGCGCUUCCGCAAUUUAGCAUUGAAGGAUGGCAACUAGAUCAGCGAACAUGAAAGGUUUCUUCAAGCAGAAGAAGAACACAAAGUCCACUUCCAGUAAGAAGGGCUCUUCCAAAAGAUCACCGACUAAUGCCUCAACUGUUGGUUCUAAUGUGACUCAACCGCCUGCCCUCAUAUCCCAUGGCUCCAUUGACCUGAAAGAUGAUCACGACACAGAAGAAGUGCUGAGACAGUUUGACAUGAACAUGGCUUAUGGACCAUGUCUUGGAAUGACUCGACUGUCUCGCUGGGAGCGUGCUCAGAAACUUGGUUUGAACCCUCCGAAAGAAGUCGAGAUCCUAUUGAAAGGUGAUAGAGCUAGUUCUGAGUGCCUGUGGGACGGACGUGUCUAGAACUUUAUCUUUCACUCUAUGAGAUUUACUGCUUCCCUUUUGUAAUGUGUUGCGGACUCUCAAACAGUAUCUUCAGUAGGCAUCCUCAGCUGUUGGUGCGCCCAGCUGCGCGCUUCUGUCUUGACAAUUACAACAUCCAGUUGAUUUAUUUGUCUGUAGGAUCUGUCUCUGUGACUAGUUUUUUAAUGCUACUUGACUGAAUUCUCAUGCUUA